AUGGCAAAGGAAAAUCACACUGGGUUUUCUGACUUCAUUCUGCUGGGCUUCUCAGAGCUCCAAGAUCUGCAAGAGUUGCUGUUCGUGGUGUUCCUCCUCAUCUAUGCUGGCAUCAUCACAGGGAACGGACUCAUUGUUUACAUUACCCUGACUGACUCUGCCCUUCAGAUUCCCAUGUAUACCUUCUUGAGGAGCCUGUCCUUUGUGGAGAUCUGCUAUACGUCAGUCACAGUCCCAAAACUGCUGGGAAGUUUCGUGGUGGGCAAAAGGAGCAUUUCCUUCAGUGGCUGCUUGGCCCAGAUUUACUUCCUGCUCUUACUGGGAGGUACAGAGUGCUUGCUCUUGGCUGCCAUGGCUUAUGACCGCUAUGUCGCCAUCUGCAACCCUCUGCAUUACGUACUCAUCAUGAACAAGCAGUUCUGCUCUGCACUUAUCACUCUCUCUGUGUCAGUCAAUGUGCCCAUCCAUGGAGGGCAGAUCUAUCUAGUGGUUGUCUUGCCCUUUUGUGGCUCCCAUGAAAUUAACAACUUAUUCUGUGAUAUCCCCUCUUUGCUAGAUUUGGCCUGUGCUGACACCAAUAUGAAUAGACUAAUUGUUUUUGCAGUGGCCAUAUUUGUCCUAAUCAUCCCAUUUUUCCUUAUCCUUGCAUCUUAUCUAAGAAUAAUCUCUGCUGUUCUGAAGAUGUCAUCAGCUGAGAGUCAGAAAAAAGCUUUUGUCACUUGCUCUUCCCAUCUCAUUGUUGUAUUGCUCUUCUAUGGCUCAGCAAGCAUUGUCUACCUGACUCCACGGUCAAAGGAGUCAGUGAGCAUUAAUAAGCUCCUUUCCGUGUUCUAUAUCAUUUUAGUUCCUCUGUUUAACCCUAUUAUCUAUACCCUGAGAAACAGAGAAGUGAAGGCAUCAUUGCAAAAGCUGUUUAGAAUUUCUAAUGCAAAAUAA